CUUUAGGUAGUUUCGUGAGUUUUGGCAACAUUAAUCAUGUCUGGUUCCCAAUUCGAAUCGUUGGAGAAGACUCUGGGGACUUACGUUCCUGAGGACGAGCUGAGCGAAGUCCGUCGGAUUUUAUAUGGAAAAGAGCUCAAGACUCUGGGGCUCCCGCAGGUGGCGCUAGACUCGGCCUCGGAGCGAGACUUUGACCUGCAGGGCUACGUGUUUGAGGCGGCACCGGAGCAGCUGCGACCGGCCCGAGUGGUCCGCGUCGGACUCAUUCAGAACAAGAUCGUCCUCCCCACAGAUGCCCCGGUGCUGGAUCAGAUCACUGCUCUGCACAAGCGUGUGGGGGAGAUGGUGGAGGUGGCGGCCAUGUGUGGAGUCAACAUCGUCUGCUUCCAGGAGGCCUGGACCAUGCCCUUUGCAUUUUGUACACGCGAGAGGGAACCCUGGACGGAGUUUGCAGAGUCAGCUGAGGAGGGCUACACUACCCGAUUCUGCCAGGAGUUGGCAAAGAAGCACAACAUGGUUGUUAUCUCCCCCAUUCUGGAGCGAGACGAGGUUCACGGAGCAACGCUGUGGAACACCGCUGUCGUGGUGUCGAACUCGGGGAAAGUUCUGGGGAAAACCAGGAAGAAUCACAUUCCCCGUGUAGGAGAUUUCAACGAGGCCUCCUACUACAUGGAGGGCAACACAGGCCACCGCGUGUUCCAGACGCAGUUCGGCAGAAUAGCGAUCAACAUCUGCUACGGCCGCCACCACCCUCUCAACUGGUUCCUCUACAGCCUGAACGGAGCAGAAAUCAUCUUCAACCCCUCUGCCACCGUUGGGGCACUCAGUGAGCCCAUGUGGUCAAUUGAAGCAAGGAAUGCGGCCAUUGCCAACCACUGCUUCACCUGUGCCAUCAACCGUGUUGGCACGGAGCAUUUCAAGAAUGAGUUUACGUCUGGGGACGGGAAGAAAGCGCACAAUGACUUUGGGCACUUCUACGGCUCCAGCUACGUGGCAGCUCCAGACGGCAGUCGCUCGCCGGGUCUCUCGAGAACUCGAGAUGGGCUCCUGGUCACCGAACUUGACCUGAAUCUAAACAGGCAAAUCGCAGACAAGUGGAACUUCAAGAUGACUGGUCGUUAUGAGAUGUAUGCAGACGAGAUUGCUCAAGCCGUCCAACACGAGUUCCAGCCCAACAUCAUCAAAGAGUAGAACAACAUCAUCCAGCAUCAUGUGGAAUCCUUGGAAACAUGGGCCAUCAACAGCCUAGUGGACACCACCACCACCACCACCACCACUACUAGUCUACUACCACCACCAGUGUUAUUACUACUACACCCACACCACCACUGCUACUGCUGACAGCCUAGUACACCUACUACUACUACUGACAGUCUAGAUCUACACCACCACCACUACUGCUGACAGCCUAGUACACCUACAACUACUUCUACUAUUACAACUACUGACAGUCUAGAUCUACACCACCACUGCUACUACAACUACUGACAGUCUAGAUCUGCACCACCACUGCUACUACUGACAGCCUUGUAUACCCACCCCGCUACGUCUGACCAUCUAGUACACCUACUGUACACUAAUACCACUACUGGUGCUGCUACUUCUAGCGGGAGUCUAGCAUACCCCAGUGCUACUGACAGACAGCCUAGAACACCAACACCACUAAUACUACUAUAUUACUGCAAUAGGAGACACCACUACGGAAAAGCCCCCAGGCUGGAGCAGUGGCGAGAUGCAGAAUAGUAGAAGUAGUGAUUGUAGUGGUGGUGGUGGUAAUGAUGUUGCCAUAACUACGAGUCUCAAAGGAAAUGUUGUCAGACGUCUUAUAUGUGGUCUAGUAUGUUGGAUUUCAAAAUAAAAACGACAGACAAAGAGUAAUUGCAUCAUUAAAAUAAACAACAUAUACUUUUAUUGAUCACUAAAUGCAACUGUAUACAUCAUUUCUUAAAAAAUAAAGUGUGUCAUUAUAUUUUCCUCCUUAAGAAAACAGGUAGCGCUUAAUUGAAAUUAAAUACAUUCUGUUCAGACA